AUGGCGGAUUCCGGCGAUCUCAACGGCGCUCGUAGUCCGUUAAGAACCACUUCUUCCGGCAGUACCAGCAGCAACCGCACUGCUCCUCCCCCUCCUCCACCUUCUUCUUCUUCCUCCGUCAUGGUGAGAAAGCGAUUAGCUUCCGAGAUGUCUUCAUCUUCUUCCUUAAACAACCCUGACUACAACAACAACAACAACAACCACCGUCCUCCUCCUCGCCGUUCCUCUCACCUCCUCGACUCCAACUACCUCAUGACUUCUCCGCCACCGCCACCGGCCGACACCACGACUGCCACCACUCACCCAACGCCACCGCUCUCCGUCUGCGGCUUCUCCGGUCUUCCGGUUUUCCCAUCAGACCGCCGGACGACUUCCAUGUCCGUACAACAUCCGCCAAUGGAGCAAGACUCUUCGUCUUCCUCCGCUUCACCUACAAUCUGGGUCGACGCCAUUAUCAGAGACUUAAUCCACUCCUCAACCUCAGUCUCCAUCCCUCAGCUUAUCCAAAACGUUAGAGACAUCAUCUUCCCUUGCAACCCAAAUCUCGGCGCUCUUCUCGAAUACAGACUCCGAUCUCUCAUGCUCCUCGAUCCUUCCUCCUCCGACCCUUCUCCUCUUCAUCAACACUUCGACUCCAUCUCUCAACAACCACCUCUCUACCAGAUCUCCAACAACCCUUCUCCUCCACUAACGCAACAACAACAACAACAGCCUAAGCCGAUUCAGCAGCAAGAAAGAGAAAACUCUUCAGCCGACGCAGCACCACAACCACCGCCGUCUCCGGCGGUGACGACAACACAAGACACUGUAGCGAACACGGCGGAGGCGUUAAGAGAGAGGAAAGAAGAGAUCAAGAGACAGAAGCAAGACGAAGAAGGUUUACAUCUUCUCACAUUGCUACUGCAGUGCGCUGAAGCAGUCUCUGCUGAUAACCUCGAGGAAGCGAACAAGCUUCUCCUCGAGAUCUCUCAGCUCUCCACUCCUUACGGAACCUCCGCGCAGAGAGUCGCCGCUUACUUCUCCGAAGCAAUGUCCGCGAGGCUUCUCAACUCCUGCCUCGGGAUCUACGCGGCGCUGCCUUCGCGGUGGAUGCCGCAGACGCACAGCUUGAAAAUGGUCUCCGCGUUCCAAGUGUUCAACGGGAUAAGCCCGUUGGUGAAAUUCUCGCAUUUCACGGCGAAUCAAGCGAUUCAAGAAGCGUUUGAGAAGGAAGAGAGUGUACACAUCAUCGAUUUGGACAUCAUGCAGGGGCUUCAGUGGCCUGGUCUGUUUCAUAUUCUCGCUUCUAGACCCGGAGGUCCUCCUCACGUGCGUCUCACGGGACUUGGUACUUCCAUGGAGGCUCUUCAGGCUACAGGGAAACGUCUCUCCGAUUUCGCGGAUAAACUUGGACUGCCUUUUGAGUUUUGUCCGUUAGCUGAGAAAGUCGGAAACUUGGAUGCUGAGAGGCUUAAUGUGAGGAAGAGAGAAGCUGUUGCUGUUCAUUGGCUUCAACAUUCUCUUUAUGAUGUCACUGGCUCUGAUACACACACUCUCUGGUUACUCCAAAGAUUAGCUCCUAAAGUGGUGACAGUAGUGGAGCAAGACCUGAGCCAUGCUGGUUCUUUCUUGGGAAGGUUUGUGGAAGCUAUACAUUACUACUCGGCUUUGUUUGAUUCGUUGGGAGCGAGUUAUGGGGAAGAGAGUGAAGAGAGGCAUGUCGUGGAGCAGCAGCUGUUGUCGAAGGAGAUAAGGAAUGUUUUGGCGGUGGGAGGACCGUCGAGGAGCGGUGAAGUGAAGUUUGAGAGCUGGAGGGAGAAGAUGCAGCAGUGUGGAUUCAAAUGUAUAUCUUUGGCUGGGAAUGCAGCGACGCAAGCGACGCUUUUGUUGGGGAUGUUUCCUUCGGAUGGUUAUACUUUGGUUGAUGAUAAUGCUCAUCUCCUCCGUCUUCCAUUCACUGGUGUCUUUGAUCCGGCGUCGUCGCUGUGCUGCUUUCAGUUCAUCGUGGAAAGUUUGAACAUUGAGUUUUGA